AUGUUUGCCAAAAGGCAAAAUGAUAUCAACAGUGACUCCAAUUCAGAAACCGACCUAAAGGAAACUGCCACCACCAAAAGAAACCCUGAAGACAGGCAUGACACCUCAGCGAGCUCGAAACUUGAAGUGCCCCUGUCAGUACAAGCGGUCAUCACUAAGAUUGAGAAAGCGAAGCUCCUUCGAGCCAGAGAGGACGUUCUUACACAGCUGAUUGAGAUAUUGAGCAAUGUGGAGCUGAUAAUGACUCGAUACAGUAUUGACAGCUCGUCCCCUGGGCAGAAGGGCUUAUUCAAACAAAACCAGAAAAAGAAGAGAAGAGUUUUAUUAGAGAAGAUCUCCGCGUACAUCAAGAACAUUGACAUCAGAGAGAAGAUCCUCCUCAGGCUUCAGUCCUGGCUGGAAGAAUGGAAUUUCCUCCUGUCUGAGGUGAUGCCCAUCAACAUGGAGGAGUACUACCACUGGGUUGCGAAAAUGGAGAUGAUGCCAGAAACGCUGAAGGAAAUGGAUUACGAUGUCAAUAUCCUGCUUCGAAUGGUCACAUCGCUCCUGGAAGAAAAGAAGAGACAAAAGAAAAAAACAACAUCUAGAGGAACUCUCUGGAAAGCUUGGAAGGAUCGUGUUACAAAACGGCCUGCCACCGCCCACGCUUUACGGCCAGAUCAGAUGAUUUCCGACCCGUACGCCUUGAACACCAAGGUUUCUGAGAUUCAGGAAAUGCUGCACGAGCUCAUCAGCACGGGCAUGUUAAACAAGCUGGAAAACAGUGCCGUUAAAUACAUAUCAUCAAUGGUGCUAAACCUGUCCAGGGCCUUGAGUACAGUCAAUGAGGAGCUAAAACUUGUGAGCCUUCACGUUAGCAGCACGAUUGUGUGUGAGGAGGAAAUGGGAGAAAAAGACGUCUCCCAGAAGAUUAUCCAAGAACUCACUGAAGAAAAUGAAAUGAUUCAGCAGAGACUUAGAGAAGCAGAAGAAAGAUGCGACCAACUUACUCGAGUAAAAAACUAUCUGGGACACCAAGUGCUUCUCCCGACCCCAUCCUUCAGAACGCUGACUGAGGAGGUUUCACAGGCAUCCAUAGACAAGAAAGCCUACGCGGAGGAGAUUGACAGCCUUUUAAACAAAGAGCUUGAAAAGAUGAUAGAUGACUCCCAAAAGAAGGGGGCUAGGGGCACUGCAGUGAAGUGGGACUCCUCUAUGACAUUUGUAGCCCAAGGUGAAGGGGCUCCGGAUGCCACAAAGAAAGCUGAGGCUACCGAGAGCCAGAGAAAGUUCAAAGGCCUGCCCAUAGGCAGGCCCACGGGCAGGCCCACAGGACCGCCUGCAGCUGAGACCCAGGACACAAAUCUGGAAGAGGAGGAGGAAAGGAGAGCCGCUGAGAUCAAGUCCAGUCAGCUAGCCGUUCUACAAGCAUUGGAAAAGAGGAAGAAAGAUUGGAAGGCCAAGGGUCCUGCUGUCAAAGGUGGACCGAGUGCCAUGUGGGACCGAGUCAAAAAGGGCAAAGCCGAGCACUCACUCACAAGAGGCCCAGCGACAGAAGAUGUUAAACAAAGCUCGACGGCUAGGACGGACAAAGAAGGCAAGGCUGAAGCAGAGCUGCCCAAGACGGCCCAGCCCGAGAGCGCCCCAGAGCUACGCAAAAUGGACACAAGGUGGAAAAAACUCCUAUCAGGAAAACCUGAAGAAGCAAAACAACUUGGUAAAUUACAACCCAAGACCCUUAAACAGGCUUUAGCGAGUCUCGAGGAAAGCGAACAGACUAAUCUAGAGUCGUUUCACAGAGCCAUACUGGCUUUCCUAAGGGAGAGAGCGAACAACGUCGGGAAGGCGUUUGACCCGAGCAGCACACAGAAGGAGGAGGGGUCACUGAGAAGAGCAGAGGUUGAAAAGUUAGACGCCAUAAAGACCAACGUGGAGGAUUAUUUCCAGAAGGUGGCCGAAGCCGUGACUAAAACCGUGAGGACAUACAAAGAUGCAAAAAGGGAACAACUUAGAGAGAAAUUCAGUAAACAACAGAAGGUCACCCCUGCCAUGCCACAGCUGUUCCAUAGGGACACUGUAGCCACCUCCAAGACAGACGUGAGCAAGCUCCUCAUAAGCGAGAUCACAGACCCGGCCAUUAGGAAACUAGUGCAAGUGCUCUUAGACGAACUGGAGGGUGACAGAGACCCCAGGGCCCACAGACGAGAACUUCAAAAGCAGGAAGAGGAGAUGUGGAAGGAGGAGCAAAGGCGACAAAGGCAGAGGGGAAGGGAGCGAGCGCAGCAGCUGGAACAGCCAGACCUGCCCGGGAGAGAUGGCGAAGAGGGCGAGAGGCAGGACAGCAAACUGAAACAACUGGAAAAGCCCAAACCUUCAGACCUAGCGAGAAUGUUCAACCAGUCUGUAAUGCUCUUAAACCCCAGGUGGGCGAAGACCCUGAAACCGCAGACAACUCAAGCCCAAGCGUUCCAAGUGGAUUCUGACCAAACGGAGAGGCUUUCUGAUGAAAAGAUGUACGCCUCCUCUCUCGGGGCCCUUCUUGUUUCUCAAAAGCCCCUCCCGAUGCCUGUCCCUGCACCGGCACAGAUGGCAGAGCCUGAGAUGUCUCACGUUGCAACGACACCCUUCACCCCUAAGCAGACAAAGACUCUGAGAGGUCCUCUUACUCAGGAACACACUAUAGAAACAGAGAGUCCCUUCACAGCCGAGAGGGAGCAAGGGCUGGGAACUCAGCCAGUCAUUACUAGGACCCUCAAGCAGAAAGAGACUCCAAAGGGGUCUCUCAUGUCAGAAAAACCCCAGGACAUGCAAAUGCCCCUAACAAGCAUGGAACUACAACUACCUGAGGUCACACUUACCCAGAGUACAGCUCUACCUCACCAGCAGGUCCAAGUAAAAGAUGUAACUCUCACCUCCCAGCAGGCCCUGGAACUGGGGAUCACUCCCGCCCCUGAGAAAGAAAAGGGACCAGGGGUCAGUCUGACCCAUCAGCAGGCCCAGGCUCUAGGCAUCACUCUCACUCCUGAGCAGACUGAAGCACAGAGGGUCAGUCUGACCCCUCAGCAGGCCCACGCCCUAGGGCUCACACUCACUCCUGAGCAGACUGAAGCACAGAGGGUCAGUCUAACCCCUCAGCAGGCCCAGGCCUUGGGCUUUACUCUUACCACUGAUCAGGCCCAGGCCCUAGGCGUCACUCUCACUCCUGAGCAGACUGAAGCACAGAGGGUCAGUCUGACUCCUCAGCAAGCCCAGGCCCUGGGCCUCACUCUCACCCCUCAGCAAGGCCAGGCUCUGGGAAUCGCUCCUACCCCUCAGCCUGAAGCUCUCAAGAUCCCUCUCACUCCUCAGCAGGCCCAGGCCCUGGGAAUGGCUCCUACCCCUCAGCCCGAAACUCUCAAGAUCCCUCUCACUCCUCAGCAGGCCCAGGCCCUGGGAAUGGCUCCUACCCCUCAGCCCGAAACUCUCAAGAUCCCUCUCACUCCUCAGCAGGCCCAGGCCCUGGGAAUGGCUCCUACCCCUCAGCCCAAAGCUUUCAAGAUCACUCUCACUCCUGAGCAGGCCCAAGCACAGGAAAUCAGUCUUAAUCCCCAGCAGGCCAAGGCGCUAGGGCUUACUCCCACACCUCAGCAGGCUUACAUAGAGAAGAUAUAUCUCACCCCUCAGCAGGCCCAAGCUCUGGGCAUCACUCUUACCCCUGAGCAAGCCAAGACACCGAAUAUCACUGUUACCCCUCAGCAGGCCUGGGCCCUAGGCCUCACUCUCACCUCUGAGCAGGCCAAGGCACAGAAGAUCAGUUUGACCUUUCAGCAGGCUGAGGCCCUGGGCCUCACUCUCACUUCUCAGCAGGCCCAGGCCCUGGGAAUGGCUCCUACCCCUCAGCCCGAAGCUUUCAAGAUCACUCUCACUCCUGAGCAGGCCCAAGCACAGGAAAUCAGUCUUAAUCCCCAGCAGGCCCAGGCCCUGGGGCUUACUCCCACACCUCAGCAGGCUUACAUAGAGAAGAUAUAUCUCACCCCUCAGCAGGCCCAAGCUCUGGGCAUCACUCUUACCCCUGAGCAAGCCAAGACCCCGAAUAUCACUAUUACCCCUCAGCAGGCCUGGGCCCUAGGCCUCACUCUCACCCUUGAGCAGGCCAAGGCACAGAAGAUCAGUUUGACCCCUCAGCAGGCUGAGGCCCUGGGCCUCACUCUCACUCCUGAGCAGGCCCAGGCCCUGGGAGUCAAACUCCCCCCUGAGCAGGCCAAGGCACCCAGAAUUCCUCUGAGCCCUGAGCAGGCCCAGGCCCUGGGAGUCAAACUUCCCCCUGCACAGGCCAAGGCACCCAGAAUUACUCUGAGCCCUGAGCAGGCCCAGGCCCUGGGAGUCAAACUCUCCCCUGAGCAGGCCAAGGCACCCAGAAUUACUCUGAGCCCUGAGCAGGCCCAGGCCCUGGGAGUCAAACUCCCCCCUGAGCAGACCGAGGCACCCAGAAUUCCUCUGAGCCCUGAGCAGGCCCAGGCCCUGGGAGUCAAACUCCCCCCUGAGCAGACCGAGGCACCCAGAAUUCCUCUGAGCCCUGAGCAGGCCCAGGCCCUGGGAGUCAAACUCCCCCCUCAGCAGACCAAGGCACCCAGAAUUCCUCUGAGCCCUGAGCAGGCCCAGGCUCUUGGGAUCGCACUCACCCCUGAGCAGGCUGAGGCACCAAGAAUUACUGUGAGGUCAGAGCAGGCCCAGGCCCUGGGAGUCAAACUCCCCCCUGAGCCGACUGAGGCACCGAGAAUUCCUCUGAGCCCUGAACAGGCCCAGGCUCUCGGGAUUGCACUCACCCCUGAGCAGGCUGAGGCCCUGGGGAUCAGUCCCUCUCUUCCACAGAGACAGGCUCAGGGCGUUCUUCUGCCUCAGAAAUUCCGGGGUUUGGAUGUGCCAUUAACUCCUGAACAGGCAGAAGCAGGAAGGAGUCCCUUUACUAUGGAGCAACUUCAAACCCCGAAAAUCCCUAUUAUCCCUGAAUCUACUGAGACACCAAAACCAGCUAUCCCUUCUAAACAGACCCAGGCAACUGAAAUUCCACUACCUGCUCAACAGUCCCUGGCGUUCGGAGUCCCAUUUGCACAGAGACAGGGCUUGGCUUUGGAAAUCACUCCCACACCAGGCCAGACCCAGGCAUUCGAACAAGUCCAGGCACUGCAGGCUCCCCUCACAUGGGGGCAGGCUCCUUCCUUGCACGACCAAUUUGCUCCUAGGCACACGCGAACACUAACGUUCACUAUCGCUCUUGAAAAAGCCCAGGAGUUGGGUGUCACUUUCACCUACGAACAAAUUCAGGCAGCAGCUGUCACCUUUACCUCUGAGCAGGUGGCAGCGCUAGAGGAAGCGCUCACUGCAGAACUGGCCUGGAAGUGGGGAGUUUUAAUCGCGCCUGAAAAGGCUCCGGAGGCAUCUGACAUUAUGGCCCCUAACCAACUACAAGGACUGGGAGCCGCUGUUCCCUUCACUGACCGACUACCUCAAAAAUGGAUGGAAUUUCCCCCCACUUCUAUUCCGUUAGAGAAAUUACCGCCCUCUCCUACCCUCGCCCCUCUAACCCCUUGGACUGGCCCAGGACUGAGGACUCUUCCUGACUCUGAGAAGCUUGAAGAACCAGGCGUCUCUCCUAUAUACAGACAGAUUCUCGCAGGCAGAGGUCAAGUCAUGCCUGCACAGCCCCUAGCACCGGAAGUCCCUCCUCUGCUUAGACAGCUCCCAACACCUGGAGCUCCUCCCACUCUAGGACCAUCCCUUGGUCCUGGGCAUAUCUUCAGACCUGGAGACACUUGGCCACCUCUACCAUCAGAAACCAUCUUCCGCCCCAAGCCACCUCCUGUAUCUGCAGUCCCGCCCAUCUUGGAAGAGAGUCCAGAGCUCCUUGUUCCCGGAGGCUCUACCAUCCCCAGGUUUCUCCCCUUCCAGCCUCCUGCCGCCUUUGAGCACGCUCCCUACAGUGGGCUGGGUAUCACAUACUCUGCACAGCAAAUCCCGCCAUGGACCAGCCCCGAGCAACCCUUCCCCUUUGUAAUCUCUCCCACGUCGCCGCAUCCCUCGCCGGCAGAGGCAUCCCCAAUUCCUGGGAGACCUCAGAGAAUUUCUCCCUUUCAAGUCACUCAGAAACCAUCAGGAGCUGUUUCCUCUCCGAAACCUGAACUGGCAAGUGCUCACCCAAGUGCUGCUCUGGGUUUUGAGGUCUCUCAGGCUCCUUUCCCUACGGAGAAGAUCCAAAUACCAAAGGCUUCUGACACUACAGGACAAACUCGGGUACUCCAAGAUUCUUUUGACAUGAAGCCGUUUGGAAAGUUUCAGCCUUAUGUCACCAGUUCUAGGAUACCAGGACCACAGUCCCCUCACGUUGAUGAGAGAUCCCUUUCCAGGCAGGAGAAGGCUUUAACAUCUCUACCAUCUCUUACCACUCAACCCUCCCAAAUGCAUCUGAUCUUACCUUCCCAAAGGGGCCCGGAACCUCGGCUCCCUGCAAUAGACAAGCCCUGGAUACCAACGCCAGAUGCCAGGAAAGCCAAGGCAACAGGGACCCCACUCACUGACCAGCACCUUGAAGACAGAUAUUAUAUUAAUGUGGAAGCUCAGAGGAAGAACCUGGCCAUAUUAAAUCAGGCUGCACAGAUGUCUGGACUUCCUUCACAGUACCACACAAUGGCCAGGGGUCUCAUAGUUGAUCUACUCCAUACGAACACAGUUCGGCUGGGAUAUCUGUCCCGAAAGUAUGUUGCCUACAGGCUCAUCCAGCUUGCCAGAAACAACCUAACCAAACGAUUAAAAGCCAUCCAAAAUACGGGGAAAGGGUACGAGACGCAGAGCCUCUACCUCAUGCUGAACAGGCUUGAUGACUAUCAGAAGAAGGUGAUGUGUGUCUGGACCGAAAAGCAGAAGGGGCUGGAGGAAAGGCGGAAGCGGUGCCUGUGGUCCAUGAUGCACUUCUUCAGCCAGGGGGUCGUAGGCAUCAGCGUUAAACUAAAUCUCAGCCAGCCCACGCCCAUGGUCUCCGGCUUUAAGCAGACGCGUGAUAUUACCAAAUUUCAACGGCCAGGCUUGAAGUUAUUAGUUGAAGAGGACCAAAAGCCAGCGUGUUCAAAACAUUCGGGGUCUCACUGUGUCGCCCUGGCUGACCUGCACCUCACAGAGUACAGACAGGGUCAGACAGAGGCCGUCUGGAACGCUGAGCUGUCCACCUCAAGCUACCCAAUAACGGAGAAGACGCCAAUGAGUGCGCUGUGGGCUCAGCUGGGAGGGUACCCGGACAUCCCAAAGCUGCUGCAGCUAGACAUUCAGGCGACUUUCAGGAAAUCUCUUGCUUCCCUCAGGUCACAGUGA